AUGUCUUCGCCAUUUAAGAACAUUCUCAUCGUCGGAGCCACUGGCUCAAUCGGCUCCAUCAUGCUAGACGCCCUUGUCAAAGAACCUUCUUUCACAGUCUCCGUCCUACAGCGCUCAUCCUCCAAGGGCAAGCUCCCAUCAAACGUCAAUGUCAUUAAAAUCGAUGAUUCAUACCCAACUCAAGCUCUUGUCUCUGCUUUCACAGGCCAAGACGCUAUUGUCAACUGCAUGACCUCUUUAGCCGUCGCUGAUCAACUCCGCUUCGUGGACGCUGCAGUCGCUGCCAAAGUGAAGCGCUACGUUGCUUCCGAGUAUGGUCUCAACAACAACAACCCUGACGCAAGAGCCUUGAACUCGGUGUUCCGAGAGAAGGGCCAAGUGCAGGAUCAUCUCCGCUCCAAGGAAUCCACUGGCCUGGAGUGGAUGGCCAUCGCUUGCGGCAUGUGGCUCAAGUGGAGUGCCGUACAUGAUUUUCUAGGAAUGCACAUCAAGGACAAGAGAUUCGUCAUCUGGGAUGAUGGAGAGGGCUGGUUCAGCUGUACCACUGAAGCCAACACGGCUCUUGCUAUGGUCAACGCCCUAACCAAGAAAUGGGAAGAGACCAAGAACAGAAUUGUUUGGUUGAGUGACUUUGCUAUCACCCAGAAUAUGCUCCUUGAGACCAUUGAGCGAGUUAGUGGGGAAAAGCUGAGUGUUGAGAAGAUUGAUAGCGAGAAGACGAUCAAAGAAAACCAGGCUGCGGUGGCAGGUGGUGAUCCUUACGCUGUUUACAAUCUUAUCGAGACGGGUUUCGUUACGGGACGGUUUGGAGGGCAUCUUGAGAAGGAAGGGGAGAUCAUGAAUGAUUUGUUGGGUCUGCCGAAGCAGGACUUUGAGGAGGUUGUUCGUGCCGCUUUAAAGGCUGUUGAAGAGUCAUGA